AGAAGAAGAAGAAGAAGAAGAAGAAGAAGAAGAAGAAGAAGAAGAAGAGUCCGUCGCUUCUCUCCGUGCGGACACACCGACUCUCCGCUCAGGAGCCCGGGAACAUCUGCACAGCCGCCGCCGGCAGCAGCAGCUCGUCCGUCGGCCUCCACAAACCGCGGGCGAUGGCGAGGCCAAGUCACAGUGAUCAUGUUCUCCAGCAGCUCAACAACCAGCGUGAGUGGGGCUUCCUGUGCGACUGCCUCAUUGCCAUCGGUGACAUUUACUUCAGGGCACACAAAGCCGUCCUUGCAGCCUGCAGCUCCUACUUCAGGAUGAUGUUCAUCCGGGACCAGCAGGGGACCGGUCGCCUGGACCUCAGCAACAUGCAGAUUAGCGCUGAAUGCUUUGACCUCAUCCUGCAGCUCAUGUACCUUGGACGCAUCAUGGUGGGGAGCUACGAGUUUGAAGAGCUCAAGGCCUCCAUGGCCUACCUACAGAUGUACUACAUCCCUGACUCUCUGGAGGACCUCAGGGACAUCAGGAGCUCCAACCUCACCCCGUCUUCCUCCGCCUCCUCUUCAUCCAGUUCCUCCACUGGACCUGCUGGCGGGAAAAUGAUGUUUGGCGUCCGUAUGUAUGAGCAGCAGAGGCCCGCUGCACAGGAAGCAGAGCCUUUACCGAAAUCUGUCAGCAGCACCAGUACCACACGACCUACAGUUCCGGCACCGGUCACCAGGUCGGUGGUUGUGGUGGAGGAGGUGGCGAACACUCCUCUGAUCGUGGCACCACCGGCUGUAGAUGGAGCACUAGAGCAGCCAUGUGACUUAAGAAAGAGGUCCAGUGGCAGGAGUUCCACGCUCAAAGACCGUCCGCGGUUUGGUCGCACCUACACCUGCGAUGACUGCGGCUUUGUCUUCAGCUGUGAGAAGCUUCUAAUCGAACACAUCCUCACUUGCACGAACCGGAAAGCCUUUCAUCCACCGAGAGGAAAUGCAGAGGGCGACAACGACUCGAGCAAAGCUGAGAGCUCUGCCUCAGAGAGCACAGAGGAGCACAAAGUCCUCUGUAAAGGUGAGGAUGACUGGCAAGAGGCCCCGCCCAAUUCUGACCUCGCCAUCAGGUCAGUGGCAGCUGGGACCGACAGAGAAUCCGGGUCGACUCGGAGUGUUUCCAUCAAGACUGAACCGGAAGAAAACCUGUUCCCUGACAUUGAAAUGGUCCGUGUUGGUGAGCACACUGCCCGAGACUGUAGCUCGCAGUUCAACGAUGUGACGCCGAAAGACUCACAGAGGGAGAAAAUAGGUUUGGACCGUGAACCCAAGCCUAGUGUGUCAGGCGUGGAGAACGGAAGCGAGCCUUUUGAAGUCCACUUGUCCAGCAGUGACGAUUCGGGGAUUCCUGCGAAGCUUCGAAAAGUCAAAGAGGAGAAGCAGGACACAGAUUGUGCCCCCUGUGAACUGUGUGGCGCGCUGUUAACAGAGGAGGACAAGUCCGCCCAUUACCUGUCCAACCACAUGGGUCAUAUCUGUGCCUGUGGACGGUGUGGCCAGGUGCUGAUCAAAGGUCGGCAGCUCCAGGAGCACGCAGAGCGCUGUGGCGAGUCCCACGGCGGCGAAUCGGACUCGCACGGGGAGGACGAGGUGCUGCUGCUGGAAGAGCAACAAGGUGUGGACGAGGGUCUGCUGGAGGCCGCUGACCUGGCUUGUCCUCACUGUGGCCUGCUGUUCCAGAACGAGAGUGUGGCGCUGGAGCACGCGCUGUCCUGCCACGAGCAGGAGCUGUUCCGCCCGGUGCUGCUGGACGAGGGCGCCGAACCAGAUCACCGUCGCAAACACUUUUGCAGCAUCUGCGGCAAAGGCUUCUACCAGCGCUGCCAUCUCAGGGAGCACUACACCGUCCACACCAAGGAGAAGCAGUUCACCUGCCAGACCUGUGGGAAACAGUUCCUGCGGGAGCGUCAGCUCAGGUUGCACACCGACAUGCACAAAGGCAUGGCGCGCUAUGUGUGUCCCGUCUGUGACCAAGGAACCUUCCUGAAACAUGACCACGUUCGACAUAUGAUUUCUCACCUGUCUGCCGGAGAAACCAUCUGCCAGGUUUGUUUCCAGAUCUUCCCUGGUGGGGAGCAGCUGGAGAAGCACAUGGACGUCCACCUGUACAUCUGCGGUGUUUGCGGGGAGAAGUUCCGCCUCCGUAAAGACAUGAGGAGCCACUAUAACUCCAAACACACUAAGAGACUAUAGAAGUGGCCUCUCAUUUACACCAGUUGGUCUAAGGAAGCCGAAACUGUGAGAACAAACUGAUGCACUUGAACCCAAAAAGACUUAAUCUGUCAUCUUUAAUUUGCACCUUUUUUUAGAAUAUGCAUCAGUGAGACAGGCGUGUGCACCACAUGUUCACUCACAGCUUUACGUCAGGAAAAGUUUGUCACCAUUAAAGGGAUCGAGACACUUUUUUUAAAGUGUGGUUGCACACAUAGUCAACACUGACUUACCCUGAGCGCCCCCUGCUGCUGAGAACGAGCCUGAGACACAGAGGUUCACUCUUAGUGACAACAUGGCUGACAAGCUGAUUCUAGCCUCUUAACAAAAGACUUGUCAUAAAAUCAGUGUCAGUUUAAGUCUCUGAUCUCUACGUCACAUGAUCAAGUCUUUAUCUGUGUCACAUGAUCACGUCUAUCUCCUUCACAUGAUUGCGUCUUUAUCUGCGUCACAUGAUCGCUGCUUUAUCUGCGUCACAUGAUCGCGUCUUUAUCUGUGUCACAUGAUCACGUCUAUCUCCUUCACAUGAUCACGUCUAUCUGCGUCACAUGAUCGCUGCUUUAUCUGCAUCACAUGAUCGCUGCUUUAUCUGCGUCACAUGAACGCGUCUUUAUCUGCGUCACAUGAUUGCGUCUUUAUCUGCGUCACAUGAUUGCGUCUUUAUCUGCGUCACAUGACCGUGUCUUUUUCUGCGUCAGUUAUUAGCUAUGUGUGUGUCAGGCUUGAUCUCAACAGCAGGGGGCGCUCACAGUGUGUCAGUGCCACAUCCAGCCACACUUCAAAAAUCUUUUUCAAAGUCAUAAUCAGUGGAAAAACAAUCACAUUAACGUUAAAAACCGAUGUUUUCAACAGAACCAGAACUUUAGGUUCUGUUAAAAAGGUGCAGGUGGUCAGUGAAGUGUGUUUCAAUGUAUGUACCAAAGUCACGUGGGCAGAGAUGGAAUCAAUCACAGGUCUGUGGAGGAAACUCCCAUCAUGUGCUAACACAGGGGGCGCUGUGGCUCUGUGUUCUGCUCACACAUACAUGUGUGCAGUGUUGGUCUGCAUCCUGAUCCAGGUAACGGUGUCAUCAUCUGUCACUUGAGCUGGAGUGGACGCAGCAGAGGUCAAGCCUCAGGUCAGCCUGUUCUCACUCUGACGAUGAUGACGAUGAUGAUGUCAUCACUUGUUUCCACCAGAGGAAACGUAUGGUUCACUUUUUGGUGUAGUAGUUUAUAAACUGGAUUUACUGGACUGGAUUCUGCGUCCUGAUUGGUCACACAUGCUCCAGUGAGCUCUGUGAUUGGUGCCUUUACUGUAACAGUCUCUGUCUUCACAGUGAUGCAUGAUGGGAAUCUAUGACAUGAAAACACUAGCAAUGAUGUGCGUUUGUUUACGUAGUAAUAAACUUUACAGUUACAAAUCAGAAACUGAGCGCAGUUCAAUGAAGCCGCCUGUGUCACGUGACCAUGUUUGGUUCCUCUCCCUUAGCUCAUGUUGGAAGAAGAGUCCGCAGUAGUGACCACAACAACCAGAACCACAGUGACCACAAGAAACACUUGUGGUGAAAUACCAGAAAUAACAGAAGCAAAGCCAACGUUCUGCUAACAGAAGUGAAGCUAACAGUUUCGUCUAACACAACUGAAGCUGACUCUUCUGCCAACAGAAGUGAAGUUAACGCUGGUGGAUGUUAGAGUUAGCAUUAGUAACUGUGAAGCACAGAAGUCCAAACCACAGAACAUGACUCAGGGAAAACAAACUGCUGAUGUCAAAGAUUUACAGUCCUUCAUUGGUUUAAACGGAAGCGUCUAUUUGAUCAAUAAGAGUAUUGAUUGGUUCCCUUAUUGAUCAUAUCUCACUGAAACUCAUCCCGACUGACUCAUAAAGCAGGGCCAACAGCUCAAAACACCACAAACCACUUCAGAAGAAUCAUUCAUCUAUACUGGACCCACCCAGAACCAGCCAAACUGAACCGUAUUGAAGGUCACAAUCAAAUGGGUCCAGAUUCAGUCCAAAAAAAACAAACCUGUCUUAGACUGAACCCAGAGAACCCAAACAUUUCACUUUAGCUGGUGUGGACCUGGACCAGACCAGUUUAAGGUGUCCUAAUCUAAUGGAAUACCAUUGAUUUGCUAAUUCUGAACCCGUUGGGGUUUUAACCACUCCUCCAACUGAACCAGGUUCCCAUUAAAUCCCGGCUGAAUCAGCUCAGAACCAGUUUGAAAAACUUUAGAACAAGCAGAUUCUCAACCAGCUAAUUUAGCAAGAUGUAGUGACUGAGGUCCAGAAUCAGUCAAAAUGGUUUCAUAUGAACUAAGUUGAUACAGAAUGAUCCGUUGUCGUCCUGGAUUCAUGUUCAGUCAGAAAUAUUAUCAUCACACCGGUGUUUCAACAAAAACCACAUCUAACCCAGACCAGUCCACCAUCUGACAGGAACCUGUGAAGUAAACACCGCAGACCAGAACCACCAAACUGUCCUCUGGAUCUCUGAUUAUGCUGCAGUCCUUUAUGAACUGGAACCAUCUGGUUCUCAGUGAGGAUGGAUGUAGAACCUGUGUCCAACUCUGAGUCCAGCUUUUGGACUUUAUGUCCAGGUGGUUUUCUGAUGUUCAUUUUCUUUUUUUUUUUUUGUUGCCGUGUAAAAUCAACAAAUGUCUGUUUCUGAAAGUUUCUGAAGCUCUUAAUAAACCAAGUGAAUUAUCGCUUUUAAAGUUUA